AUGAAGUACGUGCAACUCGGUACUAGCGGCCUGCGCAUCGCGCCCAUCGGCGUAGGCUGCAUGAGCUUCGGAGCCCACCGAGCGCCCAACGAAUGGUCUCUCCAGGAAGACGAAGCUCUCCCCGUGCUGGACCACUGCUACCGCUCGGGUCUCAAUUUCUUCGACACGGCAAACGUAUACUCAGCUGGGUCCUCGGAAGAGAUCCUCGGCAAAGCCAUCAAGAAAUACGGCUGGAUCCGCGAAAGCAUCGUCGUCGCCACCAAAGUCAACUUCCCCGUCGGGCGCAACGGCGAGAAACCCAUUGGCUGGGCGAACGACCAGCGCGACAACGGCGGCUACCUGAACCAGUACGGCCUGAGCCGGAAACACAUCUUCGACAGCGUGGAUGCGAGUCUGCGCCGCCUGGACCUGAGAUAUAUCGACCUGCUCCAGAUCCACCGGUUCGAUCCUAACACGCCGAUCAAGGAGACGAUGGAGGCGCUGCAUGAUGUCGUCAAGUCUGGGAAAGUGCGCUACAUCGGCGCGAGCUCGAUGUGGGCGCACCAGCUUUUGGAGAUGCAGUACACGGCGCGCAUGAAUGGGUGGACGGAAUUCAUCUCCAUGCAGAAUAUGUAUAAUCCCAUCUACCGCGAAGAAGAGCGGGAGAUGUUCCCCGCGUGCCUGAAGUUCGGCAUGGGUGGUGUGCCCUGGAGCCCGCUCGCCGCGGGGUUUCUGGGCCGGCCGUGGAAGACGUGGGCGGAUACCACUCGCGGCAGCGGAUGGAGCGAGAGGCCGUUUAGCGAGGCGGAUAAGAGGAUCAACGAGAAGAUCGAGGAGAUUGCGUCUCGGCGCGGAGUGAGCAUGGCGAUUGUGGCUAUUGCGUGGUGUUUGUCGAAGCCGUUUAUUACGGCGCCGAUUCUGGGGCUGGGGAAGAAGGAGCGCGUUGAUGAGGCGAUCAAGGCUACUGAGUUUGAGUUGAGUGAGGAGGAGAUCAAGAGUAUUGAGGAGCUGUAUCAGCCGAAGCAGGUGGUGGGACAUAAAUGA